GCGAGAGAAAAGCCACCAUCCCUCCUGAAGAUCAAUAAGCGGGCCACACCGAGAGGAGACGGAUGCAAGUCCUCCUCCCUCCCACACUGUCGCAUCCAUCCAUUCUUUUAUUCAUCCAUCCAUCCAUCCAUCCGCCUCCAAGGGCGGCUCAAGGGGUGACGAGACCCGACGGACACAUGUUAUGCCUUGCGUAAGCGUGACCCCCCACCCUUCGAUGUGUUUUUAUUUUUUAUUUUUGUAUUCACGCGUUUUAUUUGCGUCUGUUUCGCACUCGGGAGCCACUGAUAUGAUGAGGAGCUGAAACCGACACCGAAACAAGGAUGAAAAUGCUCCGGUUUCGCAGCCCCAGCAUACGCUCCUUGGACCAGGAGGUCCUCUGCACGAUCCGAUUACUGGACGACUCCGAGAUCUCCUGCACCAUUCAGAAAGAGACCAAAGGCCAGUUCCUGUUGGACCAUGUGUGUAAUCACUACAACCUGCUGGAGAAGGACUACUUUGGUAUCCGAUACGUAGAUCCCGAGAGGCAAAGGCAUUGGCUGGAGCCCAACAAGCCUGUGGUGAAGCAAAUGAAGUCAGCUCAGCAGCCAUACACCAUGUGCUUCCGGGUCAAGUUCUACCCCCACGAGCCCAUGAAAAUUAAGGAGGAGCUCACCAGAUAUCUCCUGUACCUCCAGCUGAAGAGAGACAUCUACCACGGUCGCCUCCUGUGCCCCUUUGCUGAGGCUGCAUAUCUGGGAGCCUGCAUCGUACAGGCCGAGCUCGGAGACUACGACCCAGAGGAGCAUCCAUCAGACUACAUCAGAGACUUCAAGCUGUUCCCUAAGCAGUCCCUCAAACUGGAGAGGAAGAUUAUGGAAAUACACAAAAACGAGCUCAGGGGUCAGUGUGCGGCACUGGCAGAGUUGAACAUGCUCCAAAGGGCACACAGCCUGGAAACGUACGGCGUCGACCCUCAUCCAUGCAAGGACUUUACAGGCUCGACGGCCUUUCUGGGUUUCACAGCUACAGGAUUUGUGGUCUUCCAGGGAAACAAGAGGAUUUAUCUGUUUUGCAGGGCUGACGUCAGCAAACUAAAGUUUGAAGGCAAAACCUUUUACGUCAUUGGUGUCCAGAAAGAGAUCUCCUUAACAGGCAGGAUUCACUGUAACAGGAUGAAAAAGCUGGUGUUGACAUUUCACACCUCGACUCCUGCAGCGUGUAAGCACCUAUGGAAGUGUGGGGUGGAGAACCAGGCCUUUUACAAGUGUGCAAAGUCGAGUCAGAUAAAGACCGUCUCAAGCAGCAACAUCAUCUUCAAAGGCAGCCGGUUCAGAUACAGUGGAAGGGUAGCAAAGGAAGUGAUCGAGGCCAGCUCCAAGAUCCAGAGGGAACCACCAGAGGUUCACAGAGCACAGUUUGGCCAGAGUCGAAGCUUUAACUCCCUGAGCCAUAAAAAUCUCAUCAUGAACAUGGAGCCUCUGUUACCCGCCCUGCCAUCCACCAACGAGUACGAAGAGGCGGCGGCAGACCCCGGUGUUGUGGCCGUGAAAGACCCCGUUUCGCUGUCUCCUCUCGAACCCUCUGCAGCUGCCGCAGACACAGAACGGCCGAGUGCUGAGAGAGGAAACUCCUCUUUGAUCAAUGACCUGCAGCCUCACUGUGUUUCCCUGGAAACCUCAAAUCUGCCGCCCCAAGCACCCAAAGCUGAAGACGGACUGGAGGAAGAUGACGAGGGCAGCGAUGCCCUCACCAUAUCUGAACUUGCAUACAGCCCCUGCGUCAGCAUGCUCCCCACCCCGGUGGAGGACAGUCAGGGAGGGGUCAACCAGCUCUUCUCACCCAUCCAGAGUCCCGCAAGGUUGCUGCGGGAGCUCCAUGCCGACCCCGACAUCCAGGCCCAGUUGGAGGCCGAGAGGGAGCGAGACCGCGCGUACGAGCGCGCUCGCCUGGCCGCCAGAAGCGGAAUGAGCGGGGUCCUGGCCAGUAGCCUGCGCCUGCUUUCGUCCAAUGAGAGAGUCAACACCUGGGUGCUGGGCAUAGCCAGGUUCAUCGCCGUGCUCAUGGGCGUCCUACUCAUCACUGUGCCCACACUGCUGCUGCUGCUGGAGUCGGACAUCGACGUGUCGUUCCUCCACGAGAUCCGUCAGACGCCGGAGUUUGAGCAGUUCCACUACGAGUAUUACUGCCCGCUCCGACGCUGGAUUCUGUGCAAGAUCAGCAUGGCCAUGGAGAACCUGUGGUCUGACUGAGGAGGACGAAGGAACGGAGGGGGAAAAAAGGGAUGAAUGAAGGAAAAAGAAAGCUGGGCCCAAAUGUCUGUCUAAACAUGUGAUUUAAUCUGAUACGUCUUAAAAAGCCUGGAUGGAAAAGAUUCAAACUAUCAAUGAGGUAACGUGAAAUCGCUUGUUCAGCAAUGAGUGUGUGUUAAACAACAUGGAAACAAGUCUAUUUCUUUCACCUCAGUGAUAGAAUGAUUUACCUUAGUAAAGCUGAGACUACAGAGAGAAAUCCUUCUCUAUCAUGAAUUUGAAUCACUUGGUAAGACUGACAUUUCUGGCAAAAAAAUUACCUGAGAAUAAACAAAGGGAAGCUAUGGAGGAAAGGAAAAUGAAUAAUAAUUGGUUUUAUUGGUUUUACUUCACAUUUUAAAGGCCUUUCCACUCCUGAUGCUGACAAGUUGAGGCAGAGACUUCACAAACGGUUCUGAUUGGUGUUCGUCCUUUGAACCAGAUCGCCUGAUUGGUUAUAAAGUCUGUCAGUCAUGACGGAGUGGGUGGGGACUGAAAGAGGGGAAAACAAUUAUUUACCAGUAAACACAAUAAAAGCAACAGUCUGAGCAACAGGUUUAAACAAAAUACCUUCACAAAGAUAUAGAAAAUUGCUAUCAUUAUGAAAUAAGUUGUUUUUAAAGUUUUGUACAUUUUUAUGUGAUUCAAAUCUUUCAGGAAUUUUUCAGUCAGAAGAUCAACUUUGAGCUUAUUUUCAGAUUAAGAGUUUACAAAAGAUUACUAGAAAAAAAAAAAGCUAAUUUGCUGCAAGUUUAUCAGAAUGAUGGGUGUUGAGAAACUAUUUUUUUAAGACUACCAUCAACACAUGUUGUCUCUGUGGUAGUGCCCUGGUUUUACUCCAGCAAACGUUAGAGCACAAAACCUUCAGCUUCAGCUUUUUCAGAUUAUUUGAUGUCAUUUAUGAAGGAACAGAAAAAAAGCCGGACAGAAAAACAAAGCAGUUUGUGAUAUUUGGAUUUCUUUCGUGAAAUCUUUAAGUGUUUCGUGAACUAAAUGUUAACUCGUCGGUUAGGUUUCAUCUUUCAACAUGAUAGACCUUUAGAAAAAUGGAGCAAAAAGAAGCCCGAAGGGGGAAAAAAAGGAAAGAGUGUGAAGUAAAUAAUGAAACUCAGAUUGGUUACUUGAGGAUUUGUGAUGUGUUAACUUUUGAAGAAGCUUUGUGUAUGUGUUAGUGGAAAGUAAAGAAGCAGAGUGUUGGAAAAAUAAUUAAUCAUUCGACUCUAAUUACUCAACCAAUAGAUGAAACAUGACUGGAUGAGCGAGGCUUUAGAUUGGCUUGGUCGAACGGUUCUCAUACUAUUAUCUUGACAAACUGUUAAAGCUGUUGUGCCACAGGGUCUCUGGGUCGAAUCACCUCUUCGCCACAUUGCUGUCGCCUGUGAACGAUUCAUUUCACACCUACAGCUAAAACCAGAUAUUUACAUACCCUGUAUCAAAAGAUACAUAUUGUUUUUCUCUGUUUAUCUGACAUUGAACCAGACUACACAUUUCCUACCUCAGUUAUCAAUGUUGUUUCUAUUUGCUAAAUGCCAAAAUAAUGACAGGGAAUUAGUGUUAAAAUAUUAAUUAAUACAGUCAGAUUUGAUAAAACCUAGAUGAUGAUGUCAAUGGCUUUGAAAGCUUCAGAUAGGCCACAACAAAGACAUUAGUGGAGAUAUUUUAAAGGAAUGUUAAGUAAUAAUGACACCUAGUGGUUGAAAUCGGAACAACAUAUACAAUGUCUUUCACGGACAACUGCCAUUUACGCAAUUGUCCAUUGUUGCACUGAAUUUUUACUUACAGGGAACUUACUUUACAGGGAACCCUGGGAACUCUCAUAUGAUUGGCUCAGCAACCAGGAAGUAAACACGGGCUACACUCUGAACAGAAGUAGUUCCGGACCGUACGUCUAGGUUCGAAAGGACAAACUUGACUAAGACAUUGUUGAUGGAGACGACCGAUUGUUUAUAGGGAAUGUUAUUUACAUCCCUGGUGACAAAUAAGAAUGAUUUAGGUUGAUUUUACAGUAAAUAUCUUACUUAUUGUUCCUUUAAGGAAACACCUCAAACACACUGCUUCCUUGCAUGAUAACAUGGUGAAAAAAAAAAUAAAGCAAGAUAUAGGAAGAGAUUUGUUGACGUCCACAGCUCUUACUUCUUCUUGGGUACGGUUUCCAGAUACCUGGCAGCAUUGCGUUCAUCUGUUUAAACAGUUAAAUUCAAGUAUAAACAGCAUAGGACUAUCCAGCCAAAAGCAUGUUUUUUUUUUUCUUUCAAGCUCUGAGUAUAAAUCAGACAAAACGUUUCCUGUUUCAGAUCAUUUACAGUUAACUAAAUUGUUUCCAGAUUUUUCUAUGGGACCAACAUCCGAGCUGUUUGUUGGACACUCCAAACUGUGGACUUUGUUGUCCUUGAGCCAUUUAGGAAAUGAUGUGACGGUGUGACGUUUUGAAGUACCAUUUGUCCUCAUGCUUUUUGGCUCAUGUCUUGAGAUGUUACAUCAAUAUUUCUAUGCAUUCUAUGCAUCAGUCUCUGAAGCAGCAAAACAAAUCCAUAACAUGAUUCUGCCCCCACCAUACUACCAAGUUUGGAUGUUGUUCUGAGGCUUGCACAUUUUGCUGUUUUUCCUUCCUGGUGUAGUGUUGGUCAUUAAUAGUCAAAAUAUCAAUUUUAGUUUCAACGGAGCAUAGAACAUGUCUUUAUAUAUUAAUAUUUUUGUUCUUGAGUGCAUUUUAAAACUUUAACCUGGCUUUUUAUGAUGCUUUUGGAGUAAUGGCUUCUUCCUCACUGAUUGGCCAUUUAGCCCAUGUCUGUACAGGACUCAUUUCACUGUGGAUAAUGACACUCCUACCAGCUUCAGGCAACAUCCGUUCUCGGAUUCUUAUACACGUUUUGCACCAAAACACGUUAAUCUUUGGCACCAUUCAGGAACCUGUCUCCUUCCUGAAUUCAUUCAUUCAUGUGCAUUUAUUUAUUUGGACAGAUGAAUGUAAGCACCUUUAGGCAUGUGGAACUCAUAUCCAAGGAUAAACCAUAUUGUGGAGAGAAAACAAUUCUCUUCUUUUUAUUUUGGAUGAUCUUACUGAUUUUCUCCACAAUGUCACACAAGGAAGCAGUGUCUCAGAAGACGUGCCCCAGCUGUGCCUCUAAUUUACUCAAUUAUCAGGAAUUUACUUAUCAGAAGCUCACAAAGCCAUUACACCUUUCCAAAAAAAUUUAAAGGUAGAGAAAUCUUAGUGUACAAACUUCUUAAUUUAAAAGCUAAUAAAAAACAACACACUUUUUAUUCUCGUAUUUAUCCAUACUUAGGUUGAACUAUAGUUGUUGCGAUCCUAACUAACCUUAAACAGGAAAGUUUAGUAAUUUAAUGUCAGAUAAUGAGAAAAAAAUGUCAUGUAAUUUUAUACAGUGAAUUUAAAUAUACAGUAUGUUUUCAACUGUCUGGGCCUAGACCAUCAUUGUAAUAUUUACAUUAUCUCUGUAGGUCUGUAUUUCCAUGAAAUAUGGUAAUACAGACUAUUGAGAAUGCUCAUAUCUCAUUAUUUUAAGUAUUAGUUUUUCUGGUUUUUAUAUAUUUUGGUUGUUAUCUCCGUUUAGGCCAGUAAAGUCUUAUGAAAUAUGGUUAUGACCCCUGUUCUAACCAGAAGAACUCUGUUAACUUUGCUGGUAGAAAUUAUUUAUUUCUACCAGUAAAGGACUAAGCCUCUCAAUAAAUCCCAAACGUAAGCCGGUACUCUAUUUUCGAUACUUAAACUGCUUGAAAAUAAUGUCUUGGCCCUUUUAUGUAAAUUUUCCCAAAAAUCUACAUCAUCAGUCAGUCAUUUGACAAUAACUGUCAAGUUCACUGUUCAAGGCAGGCUAGAGACUUGUUAGAUUAUGACUUUAGCUACUGCAGACUCACUAUUAGAAAAUUUGUGGAUUUUCAAAUGUAACGCUAGUUGCCAGUAAACUUAACUAAAAGUUAAAAAAAGAAAAGGAAUAUUCUUAGUUUGAGGGUGAUAACAGCUGUUUUCCUUAGUUUUGGCCACAGACGAUUCUUUCCCAACCUGAAGUAAACAAGCUGUGUCAUUCACUGACAACACCAAGCAGCUUGCAUAUCCACGUGUGAAAUGUCUGACAGCUCAUAAUUCCUACUACACUUGUUUGGCUUCUGUCGUGGGUCUAGUCCAAUCGACUGAAUUUUUCUGUUUCAUCCGAAGAAACACCCUGUCUUACUUUAACAGCACUUUUUUAAAACUCGCUUUCUUCAAUAAUCCCGCAUGCGUCGGCGGCAUGGUUACACUUGCUGUUUGCUCUCCAAGAUGGCAGCAGGGUAGUUUUUUUUGCAAACACUCUAGGUUUAGCAAAUCACAAUUUCUUUGCCAGCUUGUGACUUGGAUGCACUCAUCCUCUGAGCUCUGUGACACGUCAAGUGCAGCAUAACACCCAAACUAACAGAUGAACCCGUACCACAGUGUGAGAACCUUAAGACUGGUCCAAUCAUCAAAGCAAUUGACUGCCGUAAAGAAUAGUGGUAAAUCACUAAUUUGAACGUUUGUAUUUGUUUUUGGGAUGAUCUGCAGAAAGACCUGACUACGUAUGCAUUGCUGUUGUUCUGGUUAACUAAAUAAAAUUUAAAAAAAAUUUAAAAAAUAAAACAACUGGACUUCUAUUCUGAAGGUGAAGAAGUUGAGAACCUUCGAAUUGAGAAAGCUUCCUGGAUGGGAAGUGCCACAUCUUCAGCUUCAGAAUAGAAGUCCAGAAUCUUCACCAACAUGUUCUGGUUAAAGUGGUAAAAGGAUUUAAAGAGGCCAUUUCUUUUUAAAAAGUAUUUAAGGAACUUGCUGCAGUGUAGCAUCUUAGUCUGUGUCAUUCAGUUCUUUAGUUUGUGAAUCGUUAAAGUGAUGCAAAGCAAGAAAGUCUGGAAUAACUUCAUCCCUGUCUUUUAAAAAAACACACAACCAUCAGUGAAUUAUCCACAGGUAAUGGUUACGAAAGAGAUACAAUGGAGAACACGGACGACCUCGGAUACACAAAAAAAAAAAAAUGUAGCUUACUCUCAGGAAAGCCCAGCUGUUUAUAUAACAUGAAAACAGAUGUCAGGCAAGGAAAACAUUAACAUGCAGCAUUACAAUCACACUAUACAUAGCAGUUUAUGUGGAACCAAUACAGCUACAGACUGUCUGCCUAAUUUAAUCAGCUGUGUGUGCAUCCGUGUCCUUCUGAUAAGAACGGUUUGAUCAUCAUAGAUGAAACAUUGUGUCUUUUCCUAACUAAUGUAAUGCUGAAUCAUUUACCUUACAUGACUCACUUUCAUAUAGUCUAUGAGGCUUACAGCGCAGAAUUUACCAUCAAAUCCCUCUUUAUCCUCUUCUAUCAGAUGUCUCAUGAGUAGCUCUAUUGUUCUGUGACUUUAUACACUUUAUGCAUUUGCAAGCUUUUAUGCAUAGAAAAUAUGCAGUAAUAAAAAGAAACAUGUAUUUGAGACAAAGCAUUUAUUUUCCUACUACAGCACAUGCACUGACUUUCAUAGCUGAAACCAAGCAAAGGGCCAGAGUGCUACGACGACGUUCGCUUCAAGCGUCGCAGAUCUGAGUUCAGCUUUGCUUCACUGUGGAGGAUGAACCCGACCCAUAAUGCACUGACCCUGUAAAAAAAAAUAAAAAUCCUUAUCCCAUGA